CUUUCCUCCCAGUGUGUCUGUGCGUGUGCGAGUGUACGUGAGCGGCGUCGUGUCCCUCUAUCAUGUCUCCGGCGAGGACGCGCGGCUCUAUGUGAAUAACCCGGGGAUCCGGCCGGAUACUCGCAGAGGAGGUGAACGCACCUUGCGUCCAGCAACCAUGGGAGGUCAGAUCACCAGGCACACCAUCUACGAUUCUCUGAACGCACCGUUUCCUACAACAUCCCACCGGUGCCACUACAAGCCGAAGCGCUGCCUGCCUAUACAGCCAUGUGGAGGCUUGUCCUCCACCCCUCUGCUCUUUCACCCCAGCACCAAGGGCUCGCAGAUCAUCAUGGACAUGUCCCAGAGGACGGUCAAGAGACAGGCCAGCUUCUGUAACGCCAUAACGUUCAGCAACAGGCCCAUCGCUGUGUACGAGCAAGUACGACUGAAGAUCACCAAAAAGCAGUGCUGCUGGAGCGGCGCUCUGCGUCUUGGCUUCACGUGCAAAGACCCGUCGCGGAUCAACCCGGACACCUUGCCCAAGUACGCCUGCCCCGACCUGGUCUCCCAGACCGGCUUCUGGGCCAAGGCUCUGCCCGAGGAGCUCUCCAAUGAGGGAAACGUCAUCUCCUUCUGGGUGGACAAGAAGGGUCGUGUGUUUUACCGGAUCAACGACUCCAGCCCCAUGCUGUUCUUCAGCGGCGUGCACGUCUCCGAACCCUUGUGGGCUCUCAUAGACAUCUACGGUCUCACCAGAGGGGUCCAGCUGCUGGACAGUGAGAUGGUCCCGGCGGACUUCCUGCGUCCUCGCUCUUUUGCAGCCACCCACCAGGCCUCGAUUCAGCGAAGCGGCGGCGACCCUCACCUCUCCAUCAGCCUGUGCGACCUGAGCCUGCAGCACCAGGAGAUGCAUCUGGAGGAAGACGAUGAGGAAGAUGACCGGCUGCAGCCCUUGAGCUCCGCCUCGUGCCACGUGCCCCAAAACUCUCAGAACUCGCAGCAGUGCUCGCUGCUGCCCGGCCAUUUGGACACGGAUCUGCACUUCCACUCGGUGCACGGCGUCCAUGCCACCAUGCUGGAUAAGCACACUGUCGGGCGGCUGGAUCACCGGGGGGAUGAGAGGACCCUGGUGUUCACCAGCCGGCCGAUGCGCUGCUCAGAGACUGUGUUUGUGAAGGUGAAAGCCGGCGCCAUGCGGUCCGCUUCUCUGUCUUACGGGGUGACGUCCUGUGACCCGGCCAUCCUGAGGCCCAGCGACCUCCCAUCAAACCCAGAAUCCCUGGUGGACCGCAAGGAAUUCUGGGCCGUGUGUCGGGUGGUGGUGCCGCUCCACAGUGGAGAUAUCCUGGGCUUUGUGGUGAACUCGGACGGGGAGGUCGUGAUGAGCCACAACGGCAUCAGCACAGGGAUGCAGUUGUGUGUAGACAACUCCAGGCCUCUCUGGAUGUUCUACGGUUUGCACGGCACCGUCACACAACUCAGGAUUUUAGGCUCGUCUCUGCACCCGGACCUCCGAGGCCUGUCCGUUCCCAGCUCCCCCUCCUGCACACCCAACACCCCCACAAUGCUUUGCGGCGGCAACUCGGAGCCCAACCUCGACACGCCCUUCAACAACAACCUCAACUCCAAAUACCACGCACUCUUCUCUUCGUCCACAGGUACAAGCCCGAGCUCUCCGUUCUCCAGCCACCCGGAGUCCCCGACCUUCCCGCCCUGCCCGGGCUCGUGGAGCGACGAGUGCACCAUCUGCUACGAGAACGUGGUGGACACGGUGCUCUACGCCUGCGGACACAUGUGUCUCUGCUACGCCUGCGGCCUCAAGCUCAAGAAGAUGGCCAACGCGUGCUGCCCCAUCUGCAGGAGGACGAUCAAAGACAUCAUCAAGACCUACAGGAGCACGUAGGCGUGUGGGGGUGCGUCUCCAGGUCCAGCUCACAGAGAUUGUUCAAAGCCAUGUAAGACUUUGUAAAGACGGACACAGCACAAGUGAAGACCACGGUUAUUUGUACGUGCAAUCUGGCUCAGGUACUUUACAGCAGGACUUUAAACUCCAUCAUUUGGACUCUGUGUGUAUUUUUUGUGUAACGCACAUCAUCAGGAGGCUCAGAGCGGCGGCUUCCUGUGAAGACACUCGCUCACGAGAUUCCCCGGAAACCGACAAAAACUCAGCAGAUCGCACAAUGACCCACUAUUGUCCAGCGACUCUGUGAUUUGUGCGUCUGUGGAGGGAGAAAGCACAAUCUGGAGAGCCAUCUGUCCUCCUGACAGGCACGAUAACCCUUCCUGCUCUUGGCUGCGGCGUCGCUCCACUGCCGGGCCGGUUUACGAAGAAAUAAAAUUGUCCAGAGCUGCGGAAGACAACAAGGAGAGUGCAUCGGCGGUUCCUCCAGCGGCUGCCGCUCUGCCUGCCAGAGAGCAUCGGGUCGCAAAGUGUUGUUUUACAGUGAGAAGUCAAUUCUAAAUGUGAGAGGAAAUCAAGACGAGGUUGUUUUAUCUGAUUUCCAGAGUGAUUCCGGUUACCAGGGACGAAGGGGCAGAAAGAAACAGAGAGAUUUCGUUCGGUGGCAAUUAUUGAAUGAGUAGAAAAACGCCCCCCCCCGCCUGCGAUAAAACACGAUAGAGUGGCUCAACCUAAAGGGUUCAGGAGUCCUUAACUCUGUAGUGUAAUAAGUGUUUUUUUAACAAGCGCCCUUGCUUCUGUGGACUUGUGGAAGGGGGCGAUUGUGCGAAGGGUAAACAAAAAAAAGGAAAAGUGUGAACGUUGUCGCCAUAGAAGGUCACACUUGCGGUGAGAUGAGGACGUAAAUCAGCGGGGGAGCGAGGCGGGAGAGAGGAGGUUGUAAGUUUGGGACGCGGACGGUGGACGGCGGAGGAAGAGGCACCUUCAGCCUCGUCUGCGUAUCGUCUCGGUGCAGAGAAAGAAACUCUCAGGCAAACCAGACGCAUCCCGGGGUUUUGAAUGAGGGCCUUUGAAAACGUGGGACUUCCACCGUCUCCGGCUGGAUUCAAAAGACUCAGUCAUUAUCACGGGAAAAGAAAAAAAUACACUCAGUUUGCCGAAUGUCCCUUCCUUUCUUCGGGAGACGCUCUCCUCUUUCAUUAUGUACAUUAGGGCGUGAAUAUUUUGCUUUCUGAUGAUGUGUCUCGGCGGCAGGGCGAGGAUGUAGCUUGUUAUUGUGAGGCUUUCAUUUGCAUAUCGGCUCCUGAGUGCUGCUCUCUCUCCCGACGACGAGGAAAAACCGAACUCCAAGGACGUUUUCACUCGACUGAUCUCGUGCUCGAAACCGUCGGGGAAGCACGAGCCGACUCGAGAUGUUACCCCCGGCCCUCGCUGAACCGUAACUCUGUCAAGUAGUGAGUGCUAAUUGUUCUAGUGGUUUUUUAACGACUUCAAGGGGUUUAAGCUUUUGUCAAACUCGCCUCUUUAGUGGUGUUGUGCUCGCGUUCGUGUCGCGUGACGCUUUCCUCGUUGUGCCUUGAUAGAGACGUGGGUCAGGAGGUUCCUCGUGGUCACCCGUCUCGCGGCCCGGCUCUGACGCUGACGUGGAACCACAGAACCAAUCGAUACAAAGCUGUCGUGUUUUGACAUUAAGGAAAACAUUUUCCGAGUGCGUAAUAUCAGCGUGUGGAUUUUAUCCGCCGCUCAAGAUGAAACGCUUAAUUACCGCCUCGCCCAUGAUGUCACCACUGUUGCAUAAUACUGGAAUUUUGUUGUGCUUUACAGACCCCCCCCCCUCCCCGUCCCCCCACCACCAGCUUUUACAUUUGCACCUGUUUAUGCUUUUUCUUUCUUUCUGACCAAAUAUGACCUACCAGAAAUACGAUGUUGUGAAAAACUUUUAAUAGAGAAAUGCUAUUGAUGAGUGUUAUAUUUUAGCUGUACAUUAUGAGGUUUAUUUAUUUUGUCCAUGCUACUAUAAAGAUCUGUCACUGUUUGUUUUAUAUGUUUGGCUAUAGUGUCCGGAAAUGUAUGAAUAUUACAUUGUUUUGCAUAGUCAAAGAUUAUAGAAAAACUUUAUUCUCCUAAAAGACUCUGUGCUUGUGUCGGCUGAUUUUCACUUGAAGGAACCGUUUUGACAAUUAUUUGGGAAAUUUGCUCAGAGGGUUAAACGAGAAGAUUAAUACCAGAUACAUACUUGAGUACUUUACUUUAUACUUAUACUUACUGGAACACAUAUACUUUACUACAUUUCAGAAGGAAAUAUAACAAAAAUUCUCGAUUACAGUUAUCUGAGUUACUUUAAGUUAGAUUUUGCACACAAAAUACACCAAAUGAUUAUUAUUUAUGAUAGAGAUAAUGAUAAUAUAAAAAUAUUAUAUAUUUGUUUAUCUGUGUUACAACGGAAAUGCUGUUGACACAUGAAUGCAGUAGUUAUCAGAAUAUUUUCAGUUAUGAUACUUCAAGUAAAGUCAUUUUAUUGAUGAUACUUUUUACCUUAUAGUAAAUUGUUGGAUGUAGAACUUUUCCAUGUCAUUGGGUAUUUGGACAUUGUGUUUAAGCUUUGACUUAAAGAACUUGUUAUAGCCUAGUUGUAUUAAUAGCAUUAUAUGAAAAGACAAUUUGACAUAUGAAAGGUUAUAGUACAACCUCAUAUAUAAUUUCCACAGAGAUAUUCUAGCCCUCUGUGUUAUUGUUUUGUUUCCUCUCACCGCUCUGGAGUUGUUUUCUGGAAAAUAUCCCUGAAAAUCCCUGAAUUUAUUCCUCCAGCAUCAAGCAGAAGACAGACAUGACAGGCUGGUACAGUGGAGCCUUCAGCAGCUAAACAGUAUUGUAUAAACCAGGUAUUUCCCUCUGGGGUAAGUGGAGACCAAAGAAACCUUAAAGAAAUGUUAUAUUGAGACUGGAGAGGUGAUGACAAAACUCUGAAUCAACGAUAAUGUUGCUCCUUUAACUAAUCAGGUUAAAGUGAUAAUUUCUCAGUGUUGUGCUCACAAGCUUUGGCCCAAACCUCAGACCCUUUUUCAAAGCAGCCAAUUUGACUUGAUAUAGUAGAUGAACACAUUAAUGAAGGUUCGGUUUUAUUUGGUUCCUCAUCACAAGCAUGAUUGGCUGAGAAGAUGUCAUAUGAAACAGAUGCACACGCACAGAUUCAUAUUUUACCAUCAAGAUUACGACUGAUAACACUAAGUGUCACAAAAUAAUCAAAUUAUCGUACAUCGUGUAUUAUUGAUCGCACAGGGGUUAAAUUUAUGGUUUAAAUGGGAUUAUUAUCGUACAUCUAGCAACACUGAGGAGUUAACAAUCCACCAACAAGAACCUCCAACUUUUACACUUUUAAUGACGUGAACUUUAGUGAAGGUUAAAAAUAAAUGAGCUACUGCGAUGCUCAUGCUACGCUGAGCUAACCACCCGCUAGUCAAUGCCACUUAGCAGUUAGAACACAAGAGUGGUAUUAAUCCUCUAAUCUAACUCUGCCAGAGAGAGAGUUGAUUUCCCAAAGUGAAUGACACAUUUGAAUGAAUGCAAUUCGCUGAAAUAUGGAACAUUAGGAAGGAGUGAACUGUUUUAAAUUGACAUUUCUAUCAGUUGGUCCAUCUUGAGUUUAUUAACUUUCUAUCUUGACUCUGUGUUGUGGUAAAGAAGCGUGACUCGUUACCCUGUGGUCGUAAUUUUUGUUUAAAAUGUGACCAAUUAUUUACAAUCUUAACAAAACCCAAGCAGAAAGUGAGUGGUCGUGGGCAUUGUGCACUUCGGCCAAGAGAAUCAGCUCGGUACUUUUUGAAUACCUGGACAUGGGACUUCUAUACUAUGUUGAAAAAUCAUUCUAAACGUUGUUUCUGAAUGUAUUAAUUAUGUUCAGUUUGGUAAAUAAAGUUUAAGUCGGA